GUUGACUUCAAACACAUUUGGGACAGUCCCUGUGUCACAGUUCCCCUUUCCAGCACUGCUGAACUUCUGUUGAUGCCACCAGGCCUCAGCCAGCACGGAGCCAUGCGAUGCUCCCUGAAACGCUCCCUCACAGCUCUACUCGCUGCCUCCUUCCUCCUGCUCCUCUUGCUCCUCCAUGGGGACAACCGGCAGGAACAGGAUCCCCUGGAGAUGGAGCUCAGGGGCCUGGCACUCAACACGAUCCUGCUGCAGCCGGAGGGAGCCCAGCGCAUCCUCAGGGACACAGCUGAGCUCUCUGCACUCCACAAUGUCUCCUACCAGCUCCUCGCUGGCUCCCCAGCUCCCCAAAAAAAAUUCCUGGCAGUGGGAAUGGCGUCCGUGCAGAGGCCACGUGGUUUCUACCUCCUGGCCACACUCCAGUCCCUCUUCAGCCAGUCCACGGAGGAGGAGCUGCAGGAGAUGGUGGUGGUGGUGCACUUGGCUGACACUGAUCCUGGCUGGAACGUGCGCGUUGCUGCCACCAUUGCCCAGAAGUUUGCCCGCCACAUCCUCCUGGGCCAGCUCCUGCUGAUCCAUGCUCCCCCUGAGUUCUACCCCACCCUGGAAGGCCUGAAGAGGAACUUCAAUGACGCAGAGGAGCGGGUGAAGUUCCGCUCAAAGCAGAAUGUGGACUACGCCUUCCUGCUUGCCUUUGCUGCCAACCUCUCCUCCUACUACCUGAUGAUCGAGGAUGAUGUGUGGAGCUCCAGGUCCUUCCUGACAGCCAUCCGCAAGGCAUUGGCAUCCCAGGAGGGCUCCAACUGGGCCACCCUCGAAUUCUCCAAGCUGGGCUACAUCGGAAAGCUCUACCGCUCCAGUGACCUUCCUCGCUUGGCUUGCUUCCUCUUCCUCUUCUACCAGGAAAUGCCCUGUGACUGGCUGCUGGUCCACUUCCGCCAACUGCUCACCCAGAAGGACGUGAUUCGCUUCAAGCCAUCCCUCUUCCAACACAUGGGCCUCUACUCCUCCUUCCAGGGCACUGUCAACCGGCUGAAGGACGAGGAUUUCCAGGUUGAUGCCUUGGAUAUCCCGGACAACCCACCGGCAUCCCUGUACACCAGCAUGUCCGUCUUCGAGAACUAUGAGCCCCUCAAAGCCUACAGCUCGGCACAGGGGUAUUUUUGGGGCAAAGACCCAGCAGCUGGCAGUACUUUUUCCAUUGUGUUCCAGCAGCCAGCUCAAGUCAGCCGUGUCCGGGUGCGCACGGGCUCUGUGGAGCGCCCGAACGAUUUCCUGCAUGCAGGGCUGCUGGAGCUGGGCCAGCACCGGGACCACAGCUGGGACUGCUCCUCCUACGUCCCUGUGGGCUCCUUCAAGAAGGGGACCCUGGAGCAGCGGGGCCUGGAGAGGGUCCUGCCCGGGCCCGUGGACUGCGUGAGGAUCCGGGUGACGCAGGACCAGAGCGAGUGGCUCAUCAUCCAGAGCAUUGAUAUCUGGACCACAGCAGGCAUUUGAGCACACCACCUGUUGGUGUCAAGCAGCUGGAUUUGGUUCUAAGAGCUCCUCAACACCAGCCCCUGAGUCCUUGCUCUUGGGAAUCACCCACAACUCCAGAAAAAAGUCCUCAGGAGAGGACCCACACAAAAGCAUAGAGCUCUGCUGGAAAUCCACUCUUGGAGUCUGCAAGGAGCCACAGUGCUGAACUGAACAGCAUCCCCAGGCUGACAAUGGAUGGAGAUCCAUCAUGGCACAGGAACAAGGCCUGUCCCAGAGGACUUAGUCCAGCAUACUGGAGUGAGAUAAACCUCACCUAACACCAGGCAUUUACCAUGAGCACCUGGAUCUACAUCUGAAUUACUGCUGCAGAGCAGGGUGCAAACCCAUGACUUUGGGAUAUAAUCUCCUUCUGCAGGACCUCCUUUUUCAGGAGAGGGAGGCAGUGGAUUGACUGUGAACACUGGAGCAGCUUCUCCUCACUUACAUUAGGGUAUGAAGGAAUUGGGCCAAAUAGUUUAUACUCACAACAAAGUACAAAUAUGGCAAUCCAACCCAGUGCUGCAACUGCAUGAAUUUUAUGCAGCAAGAAAUUUGUCCUCCCUCAAAACUGGUGUGUGACAAAGAGAGAAAGAGGGAGAGAGUGGCUCGCUCUUUGUUACCGGGCCCUAAUCAUUUUGCCCAUGGUUUGCACGCCAGUGUUCCACAAAAAGAUGGGGUUUGAAUGAAAUUGUGCUCUGGGGAGAAGCACAAGGAACAACAGCCUGCAUAUAACCCAGAGCCCAGCCUGAGAGCAGGAUCAAACAGCAUCUCAUAGGCCACUGUUCUAAGUGUCUGAAAGAUGUUUCAGCCAACACUUAAGCUCAUCCUCCCUGGAAGCUCAGCACCACAAAAUUCCACCUGGGACACUGCACAAACAGGAUCUGUCUGACUUUUUGUUCCCUCUCGAUAGAUGAACCAAAUUCAGGCCAGUUGCUGAGGCCCCUCUGCCUCUGAGGGCAGGGCUUGCCUUGGGCUCAUUACACAGAGCUUUGAAUAUUCCCUGUGCUUCUGCAUGACCUGCAGAGUCUAAAUGUUCACCUGUGUAAGUGCCCCCAAAGCAGCAGUGCUGGUACUUCACUGGAUCAGAGGAAACAAGCAGGAGGUCACUGUUUCCCUAUCCCCCAUUCUCCUGCCCCUUUGUGUGCACC